UUAGGCUCUAUCCCCGAAUUACCGGCGUUGUCUUGUCACGAAAUAAAGGCAAGUGAAGGUAAACACAUCAUAAGCGGCAAGUAUUGGCUGAAUCCAACUUGUAAAGGAAAGGCAAAACUGAUUUACUGUGAUAUGGUUCACGAAGAUAUGGAUGAAUGUAAAUAUAACAUCAGUAACUGCGAUGUGAAUGCAAACUGUACUAACACGUAUGGUUCUUACAAAUGCACAUGUAAAGUGGGAUACACCGGCGAUGGACACUCAUGCUCAGAUAUUGACGAGUGUAAAGGAAAUCACUCUUGUCACGUGAAUGCUAUCUGCAUGAACACCAAAGGAUUGUACGUUUGUACUUGUCACCCCGGAUAUACUGGAAAUGGACGCAACUGCACAGGGGGAAAAAUCUCAACUGGCAAAGGGAGACUUGAUGAAUGGGCUUACAGGACAGAACAAUAG